AAAACAUAGAACCCCAAUUUCAACCCUAAGUAAAAUUUGUAGGCCUGUAAAUCGCACUCAGUGGAGAAGAUAAGAGGCUGAUGGACUGCAAUUUAAGAUUGCAAAGCUGAAGAACUCCGUUGAAACACUCUACUAAGGUAUUCCGUUCCUGUAACUUUCUGUGUAAAAAUGAGUGGGUUGGUCAACUUGAGGUUUAACCAUAGCGGGAGGUGGCUGUUGAAGCCUUUACAGUACGUGAAUGGGGAUGUGGAUACCAUAUAUGGAUUUGACCCUGACUAUUUGUGUUAUCAUGACAUAGCUCGAAAAUAUAAGGAUGAUUUGGGUUUUAAAACUCUAAAAAACAUUUAUGUGUUAGAACCUGGAAAAGACAUGGAAAAUGGGCUGUUUUUAGUUCAAGAUGAUGACAUGAUAAGGAAGGUGCUUAAUCGUAUUAGAAACUUCUCUUGGAUUGAUGAUAUAGAACUGUUUGCUGAUCAUCAACUGGAUGAACCACUUCUAAUUCCCCUAAUAGAAGGGAUUAGUGUGACAGACCACAAUGGUGACAACCUGAAUGAUGAAAGGCAAAAUGGGCUAGGAUCUGAUGGUGGCAGUGAACAUGGUAGAGACCCAAGUGAAGUUUGUACUGGUGGUGUCCCAAAUGGGUAUCAAAGUGAUCAAGACUGUAAUGGAGGAGAUGAAGAGGAGGAGGUUGAGAGCAACCAAUCUGAGGACUCCUCAGAUGAUGAGGCCACCCAGAAUUAUGGUGUGAAUGAUGGAUCUGGGAGUUUCAUGAAUGGCAUGACUUUUGAAGAUGUGAAAGAGGCUAGAACAGCAAUAGCUAAUUAUGGAGUCAAAUUUGGGUACAAGCUGAAAAUAAAACCAAAUGAGACAAACCGUUUGGCUGUUAAAUGUCUGAAUGAGGAGGGAUGUCCCUUCAGACUGUGGAUAUCUAAAGAUGGCAAGAACAAAGGCUUGGCAGUAAAGGUUUGUAAUCCUGAACACAAGUGUUUCAGGCAUUACUCAAUUCCAAGUGCUAGCCAGAAAUGGUUAGCAAAUUAUUUCAAAGGUCACUUGGAAAAAAAUCCUAACUUCAGAGUUGCAGAUAUGAAAGAGGAGGCUGAAAAGAAAUUAAAGAUAAAUGUCAGCCUCUACAAAUGCAAAAGAGCAAAGAGACUGAUUACCCAGGAGAUGGAUGGGAGUUAUAAGGCUGAGUUUGGAUAUUUGGAGGCUUAUGCAGCGACUUUAAAGAGAAGUAAUCCCGGUUCUAAAGCUGAAAUAGAAUUAUGUAGUGCUGAAUUGAAAGAAGGAAAGAGAGUUUUUAAGAGAAUGUUUAUAUGUUUUGCUGCUUUGAGGCUGAAUUGGCUGGCAGGUUGCAGGAGAAUCAUAGGGGUUGAUGGAUGUUUUUUAAAGGGAGUGUCUAGGGGGAUCUUGCUGAGUGCAGUUGGAGUGGAUGGAGAUGGACAAAUGGUUCCUAUAGCAUGGGGUGUAACUGACAAAGAGAACAAGUCCAAUUGGAGGUGGUUCCUAACCUGGCUUGUUCAAGAACUAGAUCUGAAGACUGGUUCUGAUUUAACCCUUAUCUCAGAUAUGCAAAAGGGGUUAAUCAUAGCAGCUCAGGAUGUGAUCCCAGAUGCAGAGCACAGGUUUUGUGCUAGACAUGUGUACGCAAAUUGGUCUAAGAAAUGGAGAGGUGACCAGUUCUGUAAGAAAUUCUGGAUAUGUGCAUGGAGCACAUAUGAAGAAGAGCUGCAAAACAACUUAAAAAGGCUUGGAAAAUUGAGUAAUGAAGCUGCUUCUGAUGUUUUAAAAUAUCCUAUUCAAACAUGGUGCAGAGCAUACUUUAGUAGCCAAAGCAAGUGCUGGAUGGUUGAUAAUAACAUCACAGAGUCAUUUAAUGCAUGGAUCAGAGAAGCUAGGGCAAAACCCAUUGUGAGUAUGCUGGAAGAUAUACGCUUGAAGGCAAUGAAAAGGCUUUCUGAUUUUAAGGGAAGUCAUGAGAAGUGGAUAAAUGAUUGGUCUCCCACAUGCAUGGAGUACUAUCAAGCUAAUAAGGAGGCUGCCACAGGAUGCAAUAUCAUUUUUAAUGGUGAUGUGGGCUUUGAGAUUGGAGAGGGUGAAGAUAAACACACAGUGAUGUUAGAUAAAUUGAUUUGCACUUGCAGAGCUUGGGAAUUAACUGGAAUUCCUUGCUUACAUGCCUUGUGUGCAUUAUACUAUAAGAAGGAAGAUUCCCUUUCUUACAUAUCCAGGUGGUACCAUAAAGAAACAUACAUGGGAGCUUAUCAAUACCCUUUGCAACCUGUCCCCGGCAAGGCUUUCAUGAAAGUGGAUGAAUAUGAACCUAUUCUACCUCCCCCAGUUCCUGACUUACCUGGCAGACCAAAGAAGAACAGAGUUAGAGGCUCAAAUGAGGUCAAAGGCCCUGGUAGUGGUUCAAAAGUGGUUGAUAGUACAUCAUCCCAUAGAGCUUCAAGAAAAGGACAAAUCCAAACCUGUGGAAUAUGUCAUCUAGAGGGGCAUAAGAGGGCAAAAUGUCCUAAUAAAGACAUACCUGUAACAAAUGAAUCAAGGGAACAGGCUACUCCUGCAACUGGGAGUACACAACCUGAAAAUAAUGAAUCAAGGGAACAACCUACUCCUGCAACUGGGAGUACACCUGGUGGUGUGAAUCAAAGGAAGAGACCAGCAUCUGUGGAAGAAAGUGAUUCCCGAAAUGGUAAGUCCAAACUUCCAUGUAGAAGAAUGGCCAGGUCUAAAGGUAAACAACCUGUCACAGGAUUUGGGUGCUAUGUUGAUGUCAACACUGGUUCAAAGACAAUAAAUCCUGGGAUGGAUAGUGAAGAACUUGUUUC